AUGCCUGGUCCAGUAAAGGACGUAGAUUUACGAAUUGAAAGUUACAAAGAUGUGUCCAGCAUUCGCACACUCAUGUCAUUUGUCAAACCGGGGUGGCCAUUUGACAAACUUCAAUUUAAGCUAUUUAAUGAGGGUACUUCAAACGUUUUGUUCGCUGUUUUUCUUGACCACCCACUUGCUCCGGAUAAUUGUGUCCUUGUACGUAUUUUCGGCUAUCAGACAGAACUUUACAUCGACCGAGAUCGAGAAGCCAUUUAUUUGUGGAUUCUUAAUCAGUUGAACUUUGCCAGCCAGGUAUUUUACAAAUUCACAAAUGGUAUCUGUUAUGGAUUUGUGCCGGGUUCUACUGUCAAUUAUGACCUACUUACUGACCCUAAAUUCUUCAAAAUGAUUGCAAAGAAGAUGGCUGCGUUGCAUACUCUUCCGAUCGAUGAAUUUGCAGAGCAGCAUUUCUCUGAUGUUGGAUUCAUUUUUGAUACGAGUCCUUCUGUUUUGAAUUCGGCUUUGAAGUUCAUCAGUCUCAUCUCCGACAAACUCUUGUUUAAAGUAACCACAAAUUGUGCUGGUGAUGGAAUUACUGACAAUGGUUCCAAUUUGGUUUUCCCAACAAAAGAGUAUCUCAUAGAGGAGGUGCUUUUUCUUCGGAAACUUCUUUCAACUGCAAAAUCUCCUGUAAGAUUUUGCCACAAUGAUUUACUCUUUGGAAAUAUUGUUUUGUCACCGGGAAAGGAUUCAAUUCACUUUAUCGACUUUGAGUACUGUGGCUACAACCAUGUGUGCUAUGAAAUCGCGAAUCAUUUUUGUGAAUAUACAGGCAUGACAGAUCACGACUUUUCCCGGUAUCCCUCACACCAACUCCAAGUAGAAUGGGUCCGAACCUAUCUUUUUGCUUUCAAACAUUACUCGAAUGGGGAUUCAAAUGACUCUAUAUUCGUUGAGGAGCAAGAAAUUGACGCGUGGUUGGACGAGAUUCGAAAUUUCACUUUGGCCUCUCACCUCUAUUGGGGCAUUUGGAGCAUUGUGCAGUCUCAACGAUCCAAACUGAAUUUCGACUACACCAAGUAA